UAACAAACAAAGCUGGGACAACUAUACUGAAGAUGUUGAAGAUAUCACAAGUAACUUAUCAAAGAGAGUAAAACAGACAAACAAAAGUUCAAUUACUCUUAAUAUAGAAUUUGAAAAAGCUUCUAGCAGUUUAUUUAAAAACUUUUCUGGUUCAUCUGAAAGCUUUCUUGGUUUAUCUAUAAACUUUUCUGGUUUAUCUAAAAACUUUUUUGAUUUAUCUGAAAACUUUUCUGGUUUAUCUAAAAACUUUUUUGGUUUAUAUAUAAACUUUUUUGAUUUAUUUAAAAACUUUUUUAGUUUAUUAGAAAGCUUUUUUGGUUUAUCUAAAAACUUUUCUAAUUUAUUUGAAAACUUUUCUGAUUUAUCUAAAAGCUUUCUUGAUUUAUCUAAAAACUUUUUUAAUUUAUCUAAAAACUUUUCUGAUUAUUUAAUCGAAGUAUCUAUUAAUUGCGAAGUAUUUGCUAUUUUUAUUAGUACUGCUAGACAUAAAAAAAAUCUGCAACACUUUCUUAAAUUUAAUAAUAUUACUAUUGUUUUACAUGAAGGUUUUGUUAAUGAUACUACAGACAAAACACUUAUUGUAUUAACUGAACUUUUUACUAGCUCUAUAAAAGUUUCAAAUAAUAUUAUUACAGAUAACUUAAAUAAAGUACCUGUUAUUAUAGAUGAGACUAAUGUAUUACCAAAUCCUGUAAAUAAAAUAUUUGUUGUAUUAACUAGACCUUUCACUAGCCUUAUAAAAGCUCUGAAUGAUAUUGUCAUAAAUAAUUUGAAUAAACCAAUAUAUUACCAGACUCUAUAA